UUAGUUGAAACCUGUUUUUCUGCUGCUGCUGAUGCUCUGGAUGUUGUCGUGGAAAACAGCAGCAAAAGACAUCCAGUCGCUUUUACACCCAGAUCACCCAGCCUUUACACAGCAUACAUCAGGAUUGCCAUCUGAAGAUGCGUUAUAAUUAGCCUGGAGAAAUCAUCAGCAUCGUCUGUUGUGAUCUGACACAAAGACAGACGCACUGGUUGGAUUUGGGUUUUUAUUACUGGAGGGACAAACUGAACAUCGUCGAAACGGAUAAAUAAACGCGAUGUCGUCGGAAAAACACGGAUUGGAGGAGGCAGCGGGGAGGCAGUCCAUGUCUCAGCCGAUGAUGCAGAUGGCUCCGCCUCCCUACCUCUCCACCCAGGACCCCAACAUGCCCCCACAUCCUCCUCCACCCGGCUGUGCCCCGCAGCCCAAUUACCCCCCUCCCCCUCCUCCUCCUGGAUCAGAGGGGUACCUGCAGGAAACCCAGUUCCACUGUGGCACCCUUGGGCCCCAGGGGGCUCCAAACGGAUACCCGGUGCAGACGCACGGACCAGUAAGCACUGUCCCUCAUCCCCCAGUGGGCUAUUUACAUCCAGGAUACCCCCUUCAGCUGCAGCCAUGCACGGCCUACGUGCCCGUCUAUCCCAUAGGCACAGGGGCGCAGCCUUACAUGCCCAACGGUGCACCUCAUCCAGGUGUUUCCCCCGGCCAGAUGGCCAUGCAUAUGCCAAACGGCAUUGCUCUGAUGGAGUCUCGUCGUCCUCCUCACGACUACCUGCCCAUCGCCGUCCUCACCACUGUCUGCUGCUUCUGGCCCACAGGAAUAAUCGCCAUCAUCAAAGCCGUGCAGGUGCGUACCGCUGUGGCUCGAGGCGACAUGGUUACAGCAGAGAUCGCCUCGCGCGAGGCCCGUAACUUCUCCUUCAUCAGUCUGGCGGUGGGAAUCGCCUCCAUCGUGCUCUGCACCAUCCUUACCGUUGUGGUUAUCAUUGCCUCUCAGCACCACGAUGACGACUGGGAGCCCUAGAGAGCACAGCGCGGGACACACCUCCCCAUCCUGACCCCAGGCCAUCAUUCCAGUCGGUAUUCUGCUUUUCUGUCACACAGCACAGUUCUGAUGGCUCAAGCCACCACAACCUAAUCUGCAGUCGAAAAUACGCUUUUACAGUCAUUUGCCCAUGUAUUAGUUACAAGAUAGAUCGACGGUAUGGUAAAUCUGAGUGUGGGGAACACAGAGCAUCUACCUUGUAAGCGUGUACACUCACACUCACAUUAACCUACCUGAACACUUCCUGUUUCUCCAAAACUAAAGCCUGUGUUAGAUCAGUAGUUAGAAAUAGUGUACUAAAGACUUGAGUCAUGUCAGGUGUUAUCGUUUGCUUUUAGAAUUUGCCAAAAAUAUUACUUUUGAAAAGAAACACACAAGUAUUACAGGUUCAAAAUUUUGGUAUAAUUGUGUUUUUUGAUGUUCAAAACAUUCCAUGUAUUAUUUUUGCCAUUUAUCUGUUUAGAAAGAUACUAUAUUUCUUUGCAGGUUAACUUGACAAAUUCAAACGCUGAAAGUGUGGAUAAAUUGUGUUUUCUAUACACUAGGUAUUGAAAAGUGUAAAAUAAUGUAUUGAAUAAGUCGAAAGACUAAUAGACUAUUGAAAUAAGUUUCAAUAUAGUAGAACUGGAAUUUCACAUUUUAUUUACCCAAAGGAACGUCUGUUGUGUAGAUCAGAAGAGUGUAUAUCAGUAUUGAUUACUCAGUGGUUUCUAUUCUGAAACCCAAGGCCAGAAAUCUACUCUAUGGAGUACACAAACACAGAUGCAGAUGCAGAGGUUCUGUUGUACAUAUUUAAAGCAAGUGAUGCACCAAAACCCAAAUUAAAGAUUUAAUUUAGCUGAAAACCGAAACACAAAACAAAGCUUGGGUAUUUAAAUUUGGGUAUUUGAACUCAGUAUGUCAUUCUGGGUGUUGUGUUCAUACAGCAGAUGAUAAACCAGUCAUAGUAAAGGUCUUUGGCAAUGAGCCUCCUCUCAAUAUUUUAGCUGAAUAAAUUUUACAUUUUGCUACUUUAGCAUCAUUUCUGGUUUACCUGUUUGUCCAUUGUAUCUUAUACAACAGACAAACACACGUUGUGUGCACAAAGUAGAUACUGACAUAGUCGAUACGUGCCAUCAGAAAAGUUUGAUCAGAAAAUGAUUUCAACCCUUGAAAACUAUUUUGGCUGAAAUCUAUUUUUUUUUGUUUUUGUUUUUUUGAUUGCCAAAAUUUGCGUCAUUAUGUGAUGCUGCACUGUUUACUUUUUGCACAAAUAGUGGUGCAAAAUGGAAUUGCAGUCUGUUCGUUUGAGAAGCCCUAAAUAGAAACACUGGCUUAAUCAACAUCUUAACCAGCAACAUGUUUUAGUGCCAUUAGCUUUAAGUUUUGUCAUUGCUGUGGUUACUCCAGGGUGCGGCAGAGUUACUCUUAAUAUUAAAGGCGCAGUAAGCGAUUUUUGCCAAAGAUGUUGAUAUUUGAAAGCACCAAAACAAACACGCCCA